ACAUUUGCUAGUCAGCAAAAGAGAGUGUCCAUUUCAAUAUUGUUCCUGCCAGUUCGCCCCGUCUUCCGCGCUGCUUGGUCCAUGCCAGCUGAAUGACUCAAUCUGGGUCACCGAGCACACUUUGGCUCUUUUUGCCACCAAUCCGUUGCCUUGGACUUGCCAUAAACAACCAAUACAAUAUCCACAAGGGACUUGUUCGACACUUUCCAUUUUCGGAUACUCAAUUUCGUAUUGAAGGAGUUGAAGGAGGUGUGCCAAGCCCACAACAGCUUGUGACUCCGCAUAUUGCGACUCAUGUGGCUUGGGCAGAACACCUCGCGCCUUGAAAGUAACACUUGUCACACUUGAAACCCAAAGCUUUUAAACUGCCUUUCGUUCAACUCGCCAGAAUUGGAAGGUUCAGCGCGGCGGCUGAUGCUUUCGCGAACAUGGCUGACACUGAAAACUGCAGCCAAUC